CCGCCGGCAUGGCAGCUGGCGCCAGGCGGCGUCGCGGCGCCAGCGCUGCCUUGGGCGUCGUGCUGGGGUUAGCCGCCGGGUUGAUGGUGGCGGCCCCGCGGUCCACCUUCGUCGACAGGCUGCUGCGCGCCGACAACACGACGGGGGUGGCGCCAGGGGGUGGCGGCGGAACGCCUUGCGCCCCGUCCGCUGGUUCCCCGUGGCCAGCUCCGCAGCCGCUACGUCAGCAACCGCCGCUGGCUCCUCUGUCCGAUGCAGAAGAUCCACUUCACAUUAUAGGCCUCACAGAUCCGGCAGAAAACGUUCAUAACAGCCCGCGGACGCUGCUGCUGGCGGGCGUGAUGACGGCGCAGAAGUACGUGGACACGCGCGCCGUCGCCGUGCUGGACACGUGGGGCCGCCAGCUGCCGGGCCGCGUCGCCUUCUUCUCGUCGUGGGCGUCGCGCCGCCCGCCCGACCGGCCCGACCUGCCGCUGGUGCGCCUACGCGGCGUCGACGACUCGUACCCGCCGCAGAAGAAGUCCUUCCUCAUGCUGCACUACAUGUGGCGACACUUCGGCGACCGCUUCGAGUGGUUCCUGCGCGCCGACGACGACGUCUACGUCCGCGCCGACCGCCUCGAGAAGCUGCUGCGCUCCGUCGACAGCAGGCAGCCGCGCUUCAUCGGGCAGGCGGGCCGUGGCAACGAGCAGGAGUUCGGCCUGCUGUCGCUGGAGUACGACGAGAACUUCUGCAUGGGCGGGCCAGGCGUGCUGAUGAGCCGCGAGACGCUGGCGCGCGUCGCGCCGCACAUCCAGUACUGCCUGCAGCACCUCUACACCACGCACGAGGACGUGGAGCUGGGCCGCUGCGUGCAGCGCUUCGCCGGCAUCCCCUGCACCUGGUCCUACGAGAUGCAGACAAUUCUGUAUCACAACUCCAGUGGUAGUGCAGCUUUCACGGGCAACCUGAAGCAGAAAGAAGUUCACAGAGCAAUUACUCUGCACCCUGUGAAACACCAUGAGCAUAUGUAUAGAAUACACAAUUACAUGCAAGCACUGCAAGUUCAGGAUCUGCAACAAGAGAGCAUUAAUUUGCAUCGUGAUAUUAUGGCUACGAUGAAAUACUUAAAUGUUCCACCACAUGAAGUGGCUGAUGUAUUUAUAGCAAAGGAUACACCUCUUUUUCCAGCCAAAGAGGGAAGUCUACAUUAUUUGGGAGAUUCAGCUAUGCUUGGACUUAACCCCAGUCUUCACAAGUUUCAUCCCCGUCGAGAACUAGACAUUCUGAAGUGGGACUUCAUAUCCCGAUCAAUUUAUUCAGAUACUAACAACAAUCCACGAAGACGCAUUGAAACUCCACUACGGGAAGGCCUGGAGGAUGUUGUACGAGAGGUGAUGGAUAUGAUAAACAUGUUCUCAAAGCAGCGAGGCAGAGUUAUAGAGUAUCGAGAGAUUCUUUAUGGCUACCACAGAGUCAAUCCCAUGUAUGGUGCAGAUUACAUUCUUGAUUUGUUGAUGGUAUACAAGAAAUAUCGUGGACGUAAAAUGACAGUACCUGUGAGAAGGCAUGUUUAUCUCCAGCAACAAUUUACAGGUCUUCAAAUUAGGGAAACAGUUGAUGGUGAGGAAGUACAAAGCCUUCUACAGGAAGAAAAUGAAGCUUCUGUUGAAGAAUUACAGGGGCUUCAGAAAUCAUUUAGAGAUGCCUUUGAGAAUGGUCUUCUCAAAAUUGGGGAAUCAUUUCCCUUCCUCUUUGGCUCUCGGGCUUCAGAUAAAUCACAAAGUAUCAGAGACAAGAAGAUAAACUUCAUACUGCCAUUGUCUGGACGCUUCAACACUUUCAAGAGAUUUAUGUCUGUGUUUGAGGAAGUGUGUCUGAUGAAUGAAGAAGCUGUGUCACUUAUAAUAAUUCUGUUUCCUAGUGAUAAAGAGAACAGACUGAAUGAUACAGUGACUCUUGUGCAGAAACUUCAGGGAAGAUACAGUAAUGCUGAUCUUACGAUAUAUCCUGUGCUUGACACCUUUGCUCGAGCUAUCGCGUUAGAAAUAGGAACUGCACAUUGCAAAGAUGAUGAUUUAAUAUUUUUCAUAGAUGUGGACAUGGUGUUUACAUCUGCAGCACUUGAAAGAAUCCGAAUUAAUACAAUCCAAGGAAAACAAGCUUAUUUUCCUAUUGUGUUUAGUGAAUUUGAUCCAAGUGUCGUUUAUUCUGAAGAAGGACUGAUGUCUUCACCAAAUCAUUUUCGAAUUACUGAAGACAGUGGCUACUGGAGACAGUAUGGUUUUGGAAUAGCAAGUGUAUAUAAAAGUGAUCUAAGAAGAAUAGGGGGUUUUGAUACAUCAAUAAGAGGAUGGGGUAAAGAAGAUGUGGACCUCUUUGAUAAGUUCAUCUUAGCAGCAAAAAACAUAUCUGUAUUUCGAGCUGUAGAUCCUCACUUAAUUCAUGUUUUCCACAUAGUGGACUGUGAUCCAAAUUUAGAGGAAGCACAGCUCGAGAUGUGUAAAAAGACUAGAGCAGAUACCUACGGUGGAGUACACCAACUUGCAAGAUAUAUUUAUUCUCAUCCAGAUAUUGUACAGUAUGCUAGAAAUAAAAGAAAACAAGAUGCACCUUCCUGA